AAGCUGCAUUAAGUAGAUCUAUGUACUGUUGUGACCAAAAAGGAGGUUCUGUUGGGGCACAGGUAUCAUUAUCACCUCUAUGAGUAGGGAUACACACAAGAAGACCCAGUGAUCAGUGUCCUGACCAUCUGGAACCUACAGAGUACUGACAGACUUUCUAAGCCAUGGCAUUUCAAGCCAAAUAUAAUAACAUUCACAGUGGAGAUAAAGAGUUGUCUCUACAAGAUAUGGACACGUUAGAAUUGUCAAACCAACCUAUCCUAAAACAAGAUAAUGCCAAAGAAGGUACUCUGGAGAAAAAGCCAACAAAUCAAACCAAGAUUGCCAUUCUUGCAGGUCUUUGUCUCAUCCUCCUGGUCACCGUCAUAGUCCUUAUCAUUAUAUAUUUAAAACAAGAGAAGCUAAACAAAGAACUGAGUCACAAUUACAGUGAAGUUUUGAAAGAGAUGAACUGGAUACAAAACGAAGUCGGGAAAAUUAGAAAUGACACUAAACAUGCCACAAUUGAUGAACUAAGAUCGAACAACAGUGAAGUUUCUCAGAAAUUGUUGCAAGAAAUUUGCAGUGCAUAUGUUACUGACAUAAAUCAAGACAGGAUAAGUAAAGACCUAAAUGAUAACUACACCACAGUUUUGAAGAAAAUGAACUGGAUCAAAGAUGAAGUCUGUGAAGCUCCUAGCAUUGAUAAAAAGAGCAAGUCAGACGCAGAGAAAUAUGCUGCAGAUGUGAAAAAAAUGCAACAAUUGCGUAAAGAAGUGUGCAGUUCGUAUGAACCAGAGUGCACGGUUGACCUAGUCAUGCUAAAAACCUGGAUCAAAUUCCAAAACUCUUUCUAUUUUUUCUCUGAUUCUUCAAAAAGCUGGAAAGACAGCAGAAACAUUUGUCAGCAAAAAGGAGCCGAUUUGGUUGUGAUCAAGAGCAGGGAAGAGCAAAAUUUUUUAGCAAAAAAAUGUCAUAACAAUUGCUGGAUUGGCCUGUCAGAUGAAGAGGAAGAAAACAAGUGGAUCUGGGUAGAUGGAACGAACCACAAUAUUGGAGAUGGGUACUGGUGCAAAGGUGAGCCUAAUGACUUUGUCAAUUUUGGGGUGAAGGGUGAGGAUUGUGCUGCCAUUUCGUACCAAUAUGGCUGCUCUUCUGAAUGGAAUGAUAUACCCUGCAACAUGCUAUUUCCAUUUGUCUGUGAAAAAGUAAACAUGUGCAGCUCUCUCUAGUCUGGAGAAUGGUGCAGAAUAAAUAUGAUAUGCUAAACAAGAUCUGCAAACAUCUCUAUGUUAUUUUGGAUAUAUUAAUUCAUUGAUUCCACUAACUUUACAAAUAAAAAAUGAAAUAUAUUCAAGAAAUAUAAUCUUGGCAAAUAAGUAACAGUUUAAUACAAAGUGCUCUUUAGGGGUAUUAUUUCAUCAGCUCAGUAGAAUUAGAUCUCCUGACAUGUCAAUAUACUCUGGUAACAGGUCUUGUUAACGAAACUGUUACCUUUUGCAUUAUAGAUGUAGUCAUAUACCAAACUGUAUUCUGACUCUUUGAAUUAUUACCUUUCAUAUGCUUACGUGUUUGCCUACCAUUAUAUUAUUGGAAUGCAUUUUAUUUUGCAUUAUGUCAUGGCUGAAAAUGUCUAGCUAGAAUCAACUCACUAAAUGACUUAAUAUAUUUAUCAUGCAGUGUUAAGUCUUGCUGAGCUAUAAAUAUGAAUUUAACUGUUAUUCAUUAAAGCUUCAUCCAGUUUAUAUAAUUUUCUGCACAUGGUCUUCUGAGAGCUAUGAGAUUUGAAACUGUAAAUCCUGAAUGGCAGGAAAUAAACUAUGAUUAAAAAAAAUAAAAUGCAUGUUUUAUGUUUA